CGGGUCUCGACGACCUUUUUAAAUCACACGGAUGGGCUGUGGGAGGCAAAACUGUGAGUCGACUUCAUCGCGUUCAACACUGAAAACGUCAGGUUUACAGGUUUGCCAUCCAAAGUCCACUCGUUUGCGAUUACGACGUACGGCAUGGAUGACCCGAGCACAACCAGAGACUCGCGAGCUUGAACGCGAUUCGUUUCAGUGGUGGUUUGAUGACGAGGUGGUUCCACAUGGAUUCUCGCACUGUGGGCAACGAUCUUACUGCUCAUCCGAACCUCUCGUCCUGCUCGGAGCGCUGGUUUGUGGUCCAAGCCACAUUGUACGACUUCCGCCAAGGCUUGAAUUUUUGCUCGUGUGAACGCAUGGCGCC